GAAGUCCAAUCGCUUUUGGUUAUUUCUGGGUCGGUUACUGACUGAAGAAAUGCCUGAUCAGCCCAAAGCUCCCAAGAAAGGCGCCAAGAAAGCCGUGUCCAAAGCCAAGGGCACCAAGAAGCGCAGGAGGUCGAGGAGGGAGACCUACUCCAUCUACGUCUACAAGGUGAUGAAGCAGGUUCACCCCGACACCGGCAUCUCCUCCAAGGCCAUGACCAUCAUGAACUCGUUCGUGAACGAUAUUUUCGAGCGCAUCGCGGGCGAGGCUUCCCGUCUGGCCCAUUACAACAAGCGGUCGACCAUCACCUCUCGGGAGAUCCAGACCGCCGUGCGCCUGCUGCUGCCCGGGGAGCUGGCCAAGCACGCCGUGUCGGAAGGGACAAAGGCGGUCACCAAGUACACCAGCUCCAAGUGAAGCUCCAUAAACCAGUGACUAAACAAACGAAAACAACGGCUCUUUUAAGAGCCACUCACAGUUUCCACGGAAGAGUUAAUGCUUCGUCAUUCGACUGCAACGAGCUUGUCUUCGGAGGUUUUUACUGUCGGAGGUGAUUUUAUUUCUGUGUAUGAAAAGUAAAUUUUCCACUGCUCCGUAGAAUUCCGGUGUCAUAAUCCCAGCUCACGGCCAUUUUGCCCUCUCACUUCCCC